CCGGCGGAAAGCGGCGGGGCCGGGCCCGGCGUGGGGAGCUGCCCGCAGCCAUGGUGCAGGACCCGGGCCCGCGGCUGGUGGCCGAGCUGCUGCUGCGGGCGGGGGCGGCCGGCGGCAUCCUCUGCCUCUGCUCCCGCGCCUUCGUGGAAGAUCGAAAAUUAUAUAAACUGGGAUUAAAAGGAUUUUAUGUCAAAGAUGGCAAUGACAGCACAGCAGAAGAACAAGCAUCUGAGGAGGAGACCCGGUGUCCCAAUGUGAGAUUCAAGGUGGAUAGUAAUCAUGGCCUGGACCUGGAAGAAGUUGAAUUAGACUCGGAAGCUGAGCUUAUGAAGAGCAUGGGAUUGCCUCUUCAGUUUGGUGGGCAGCCAGCCCACAGGGACUUUGUGGCAACAGAAAAUUACAGAAAUAAAAACAAUGUGAAGAUUACAAAAAAGAAAAAGAAGAAGAAAAAAGAGAUACAGCAAAAACACAGGGAUAAAAUGGGGCAGGAAUGCCAGGACAAAGGUGGUGAUGGUUGUAUCCAGCUCGUUUCUGGGGAGCUGGCCCUAGCUACAGAGCAAUGUGAGAUGAGCAGCAAACCUCAGGCUGGAAUUGAAGGGAACUGUGAAAGUUCAGAAAGCCUUGCAAGUGAGGCUUUACCCAGUGAACUUAAGGAGAAAUGGGAGAAGUACUGGAACGAGUAUGGAGAGGGCCUCCUUUGGCAAAGUUGGUUGGAAAAGCACCAAGAGGUCUCAUCGUCUGAGGGCAUCACAGCCUCUGAGCCUUGGAAUAGUCCAGACACUAAGGAAGAAUGGGAGCAGCAUUACAGUGAACUGUACUGGUAUUACUGGGAACAGUUUCAGUACUGGACAAGUCAAGGAUGGACUACUGAGAGCUCACAUGGUGACGGGGUGGAAAUCAAUGGAGUUACACAGGAGCCUGGUUUUCUGGGGGAAAUGGGCUUGGUUACCUCAGGACCUGAGCACAGUGAGGUGCUGAGCUUGGAGCUGUCUCCCUCCAAAACCAGAAGUGAGGAAACACUCCCUUCAAGUGCUGAGCCCCACAGUGAAAUAAUCUCUGGGAUUUGUAAUUUAAAUCUGAAUUUGGAGGAAGUGGAGCAGAGCAGUGCUGCUCUGACCCACAAAGAUCCUGAAGAGCAGAGUUCAUCUGACAGUGGCAGCCAGAAGGAGCCCUGUGAUGGAGGAAGCAGGAAAAGGAGAGCAUCUUGUGAAAGUAAAAGUUUUAAUCAGUCAGGUGUGGAAGAGUCAUGCAGCUUGAAUUCAAAUGAAAAAAAGGAGUUGCUGCUUCAUGACCAAAAUGAAGAUGAGGAUGAAGAGCCUCCUGAAUACAGAAUUGUCAAAGUCAAGAGAAGCCAUGAGCUGGAUGUGGAUGAAAACCCCAUGGAAGACCCCGAGGAAACCUGCUCUGUGUUGGGUUUCAAGUGUGGCACAGGACAAAGGUAUGGUGGAAUUCCAGAUUUCACCCACCGAAGUGUGCAGUAUUUGGAGAAAAAAGCAAAACUCAAGUCCAAAUUCUUGGAUAUGCGUAAACCAAGGAAGAGCAAAAACACACACAUCUUCUUUACAGAGGAAUCCGAAAUGACGUGCAAAAAAAGCAAAACUUUGAAGAAAGUGGAAAUGUUCCUGAAGCAGGUUAGCAAACCUGAGGAGGAGGACACGUCCCAGAGAGCCACCCCUCAGGGCAAAGCAGAGGCGUUGUCUGCGGGCAGCAGCGACUCCGAGGGUCAGGAAGGCGCUCCUGCCACACAGAAUGUGGCGCUGGAUGCUGAAAUCCAGGAGCCACCACCGUCCUCCAGUGCAGCCUGCAGAGAGCCUGGAGGGAGUGAGCUGGAGGGGGAGGCACAGGACGCUGCAGCGAGUGGCGGCAAUGAGCAGGGGCCAGGGAGAACCGAGCAUGGCGGUGGGCGGCAGCUUGUACCUCUGGAUAUUCCUGAUUAUCUCCAGCCAGACACGGAGGACAGCAGCCAAGCUGUAGAUGAAAAAAUGACUGUGAAGAAGAAGGAGAUGAGAAGAAGAAGGAGGAGUAAAAAUGCACUGAGAACAAUACCUCCUGAGAUCGCUGCUGAUCCAGAGCUCGUCAAGUACUGGGCACAACGCUACCGCCUCUUCUCUCGGUUUGAUGAAGGAAUUAAACUAGACAGAGAGGGUUGGUUUUCUGUUACUCCUGAGAAAAUAGCUGAGCACAUUGCCGUCCGCGUCAGUCAGUCGUUCAACUGCGACAUCGUAGUGGACGCGUUCUGCGGCGUCGGAGGAAACGCUAUUCAGUUUGCAUUGACCUCAAAAAAAGUGAUCGCCAUCGACAUCGAUCCCGAGAAGCUGCGGCUGGCGCGGCACAACGCGGAGGUGUACGGCGUGGCCGAGCACAUCGACUUCCUGUGCGGGGACUUCAUGGCGCUGGCGGCCGGCCUGCGCGCCGACGUGGUGUUCCUCAGCCCGCCCUGGGGCGGGCCUGACUACGCCACGGCCGAAAUCUUCGACAUCCAGACCAUGAUCUGCCCUGAUGGAUUUGAAAUUUUCAGGCUCUCCAAGAAGAUCACCAACAACAUUGUGUACUUUCUGCCUCGGAAUGCAGAUAUUAACCAGGUGGCUUCCUUAGCAGGGCCAGGAGGGAAAGUGGAAAUAGAGCAAAAUUUUCUCAAUAACAAACUGAAGACAAUAACAGCUUAUUUUGGUGAUCUAAUAAGGCAUGACAACUCCUGAACUCCAUGUGGAUUCUUCCAAACCCAGCCUCCCUGACUGCUGCUUUGCUUAAGCUUUCGUACAGCUGGCUGGUCAAAAAUGACUUAAAGCCAUUUUCCGCUUUAAUUUCUGUUUACAGAAAUUUGUUCUGUGUAUUGUUACUGUCAAUAAAUGUUUUAUAAUAAUGUUGACAAAACUGUAAAUGUAGAAAAGCUGUGAAUGUAUGAAGAAAGAUCUUUAUAAAAUACAGUCUUGCAAGGUUCAAGCCCAACCCGUGGAAGUGGGGUUCAGGAUUUCUUUGUAACUCUCGCAUGUGCUACUUUGUGCUUGCUCUGGUUUUGAGCACCCAGAGGGUCAAGAAAAAAAAGCCUGAAAGCCACAGGAGCUGCUGCCUGUGCUUGAGAAGCCUGAAAGCCACAGGAGCUGCUGCCUGUGCUUGAGAAGCAGAAGGAUCUGAAGAUGAGGUGGAACUAGAGGGUCAGGUGCACCAUGAGGGGUUAGCCCCAGUCCACCUCUCUUGCUCCAUGCUCACUGAGAAAUCUUUUCAGGUUUUUGUUGCAGGAUGAAGGUUCACACGUUAAUUCCACCAGAGUACUCUGGCUUGUUGCAGCUCAAAGAGAGAGCUUGGUUUGUUUGUGUCUGGAGGUGGGACUCUACCCUCUGAGUAUUGUCACUUUAUUUUUUAUCUCCCUGCUGUUCCUCUUCAUUGCAAAGAUAUUGUGAAGAAACCUUCUGCCUGGAGGUUUGUAUUAGUAAGCAGAGGAGUUUCUGUCCCCACUCUUUUCUAGACCUUUGGAAUUCUCACACAGGCUUCAGCGAGGGCAGAAAUAAACCAGCUUUUCCUGGUGAGGGCUCUCCACUCCCACUUAUAGCUUGGAGGGGAAUAGUGGCCUUUGUGAAGUUCUUUGAGCAGAAGAGGAGGCAGGUGAGAAAUGUCAUGGGCACGGCUAUGGUGCUCUCACUGAAAUACUUUCACAUUAAAUCCCAAGGCUCAGUGUUGAGCUUGUUUUUGAGGCAAGAGUGUAGGAAUAAUAAUUUCUAAGAUAAAUUAAUGCCGCUUCUCAUCUGCUUUGAGUGCAGCAGGACACUGAAGGCAGCAGGAACUAAGCACUAAACCACACAUUAGUGCUAUCCAAGAAAACUACAAUAACAGAAUAACCAAGUAAGAGGAUCCAUUUUCCCCAUUAAAGAAUGAAAUCCAACUCUUCAAAACAGUUAAAGAGACGAAAGUGUUGGUGUGUGCAUGGGUUGUUAUGACUCAGUGUGUGUCUGCAGUGCAGUAAAAUAGCCCUUGGAAGAUAGCUGUUUUCUAGCUUUGCUGUCUUUCCAGAACCAGACAAGUGCUGAACUGUUGCUGUAACAUUUGUGCUUCAUGUAAGGUAUUUUAUGAAGAUACUUUGGUUAAUUCGGAUCACUGCACUUUGCCACAGUGCCACAGCAAGGAAGUUUUGUCCUGGCUCUGCAUCAGCAUUUUAAAGGAAUUAUUAAGGAAAUAAUAUAUCUUAGAAGUUUCCUAUUAGGUCGUAGUGGAGUUUGCUAAGAGUGCUAAUACUGCAGGAGCUCUAAACCUACUGUGGCAGUGGCAUGUGAAUGUAAUAAUGCUGUUAGAUUUUCACUACAAGCUACAAAUAAAAAUCCAAGUCCAUGAGCCUGACUGAAGAAUAGAUUCAUUUAUACUGUGUAUGUCACAGUACUCUGUACACUAAAAUUUUACUAUAUUUGGAUUAUUGCUGCUUGUACAAAUACCCUUAUCUUAUUAUUUGGUCCUUUUUCCUCCUUAAGGAGAUGCUUUAGAAGCAUUUUGAGAUCUUGCUGAUGCUACUCCUAUAAAAGGAAACUCUGACAGUGAAAUGCCUGUGAAUUUACUUUUAGCCUCUGGAAAGUAGUUAG